AUGUACAUGCAUAGGCAAGGCAUGCAGAUCCAUGGGGUCGAAGCGGCCGCUGGCAACCCCCUACCUCUGUUGGCGGCGGAAAAGGAGGUAACGGGCGCAAACAAAGGCAUCGGUCUGGAAAUCGUGAGAUCACUAUGCCGCCAUUUUGGACAAGAUGGCGUCGUUUACCUGACGGCGCGCAAUGAAGGGCGUGGCCUAGCAGCCGUAGAGCUCCUUCAGAAAGAGGGACUCAAUCCCAGGUUCCAUCUUCUUGACGUCACUGACCAGAGUAGUAUCGAUACACUUAGGGAUCACCUGGAGAAAGAACAUGGCGGACUCGAUGUGCUUAUCAACAAUGCUGGCAUUGGUACACCUAAAGAAAACAUUUCGCUGUCCGAGAAGUCAUCACGGGUGAUGAACACGAACUUCUUUGGACUUCUGAACGUCUGUCGGAGUCUCUUUCCUUUGGUUCGUUCCUGCGGAAGAAUUGUGAAUAUGGCAAGCACGACAGGUUACAUGGUGUUUAGGGGUCAAAUAAAUGAUGAAGUCAGGAACAGAUUCAGACAGGUUGAAGAAGAGCAGGACGUUGCGGAUCUCAUGAAUGAAUUUCUAGAGUGCUGCAAAACUGAAUGCAACACGGAAAGGGGGUGGUGCGAGUGGUCUUAUGGAGUUGGUAAACUCGGUGUCAUCUUACUUUCCAAGAUUCAGGCUGAUAGAAUAUCACAGGAUGAUUCCAAGCACGGUAUACUACUCAAUUCGUGUUGUCCUGGAUUCGUGCUUACCGACAUGACGUCAGACCUCCCGGACAACAACUUCGGAGGCAUCAGGGUUUCUAUCGUAGAGGGCGCCGAUACCCCUGUUUUCCUUGCUCUGCUACCUUCCAAAGCGACGGAACCAAACGGAAAGUUCUUAUUGAGAAGGAAAGAAUAUGACUUUGUGAACACCGACGUGUUAAUGCAGAUAUGAACAUUAUAUUUUAUAGAUCAUGGGAAUUCAUGAUAAAACGCCUUUUUUACAAUAACUACUCCGAUAUGAAGGCUACUAUGUUUCAGGUUCAUAUGUCCUCGUUUUGUGCUCCAUCAUCUCAGUAUUUCUGUCAGUCUAUUGUGGAAUACCAGUCGACGACCGUCAGCAUAGGGAGCGACGUCUAAAGGCCACCACACACCUUGCGACUGUCUGCGACCCGAUUUUUUAAUUUUUAAUAAAACGUCGUUUACACAUUUGAUACGAAUUAUGUUGAUAAGGAAAUUUUACUGUGCAAAGUCAUUAGCCAUCGUACAAUUAUACUUGUGCAAAUUCAUAACUAUGUUUAUGACACUCUCCAUAUAUCUCAAUGAGGUCAUAAAGCACCCAUAAUUAUGAUCGGCUAUGAUUUGAAAUCAAUUUUGCCUUUCCUCCAAAAUAAACGCUCGCAAUUUUAUUAUCCAAAUUGUCGAUAUAUUUGUAUUCUUACAGUUAAUAUUUUUAACCUGAAAUAAACAAAUAUAUAUUCAAUCAUAUUUUCAGGAAAUGACAGUGCAUUUUGUUCCAAAAUCGGAUCGUAGACCCAUUUGUACUGUGUGCACUGACCUCUAUACUCCUUGCAAUACACUGCAGGAACUCUGGUGUUGAUUUAACACCAGCCCGGAAUCUAUAUAUGUCCACACCGUAGAAGUGUCAAACAACACCGGUUUCGUUUUGGUCUAACACCAGAUACAAUGUAGGUGUUUAUACAACACCCAUGAAUAGUAAAACAGCAUCGGUUUGAUUCCAAACUGGUGUUGUUUCAAUACUUGUCUGGUGUGGACAUAUAUAGAUUCCGGGCUGGUGUUAAAUCAACACCGGAGUUUUUGCAGUGUAGCACCUCUGUAAAUGAAAGAGGAGAUAGAUAAGAUAUAUUCCCAAAUGCGCACGUCGAUGAUAAUCUCCUGGGCAUGUCCCUGGUGAAAAAAAACACAGAAAACUUCUUGGCGAUCAGGAGAUUAUUUGGCAAGAGUUGUACGUGUGAUUGCCAUGUAUAUUAAAA